GGAAGAGGGAGACCAAGAUGGCGGGUAUGCCGGCGAGAUGGAGGGAAGCGAUAAUUCCGCCGCUUUACUGUCUUGCGGUAGCUCCGGAAAACUGGCGCCUCCUUUACCUCGGCAGUCGAGCCUAGAACUGGACAAACAAGAGGAGGGCCGCCCUCGGCGCAGACGGACCCCCCGCUUUCUCUUAAAGCCGUGACCUCGGUGCGGUCUGGCCUACACAAAGCAGGCUGCAGCCUGCAGACGAAGAACCGCAGACGGGCAACGUUAGCCGUCCGCAGAACCUGGUUGACUGCCCCUUCCCUCUGCCUGCCUCGUCCAAUCAGGUGGCUCGCUUCUCUGCCGCCGGGUUAGGUCCGGAGCUUCAAGACCAUCGACCGGGCUUCUUCCAGUUCCACAUGCGUGACAGUCCGUUUCUCCCCGAGGUCUGCGGCGCAGCUGGUGACGUGACCGACUCCCCGGUCGCAUGCAGGUGGGACCUCACCUGCUGCGUGCCUCCUCUUCCCCAUCUUAUGACUUCCUGUCCUCCUCCUCUGCAUUUAUCUCCCUUUGACUCACUUCAGUGAAAGCACUUGGGAGAAGUCUGUUUGAAUACAGAAGCGAUCUUAGACUGGUGAAGCAAACAGAACAAAUGAAAAACUUCCAGAAUGUCACGGCUUUGGAGCCGUGAGAGUGACGCAUGCUCGGCACUGAUUGUUGCUGCUCUGAGUCCUUUCACACAAAGAUCACUUUAUUUCAACACAAACGGCCUUUUUUUUUUGUGCUCUGUCAUCCGCUCUCUGUUUGGCGCCGUUGUCUGUUGGCUUGUGCUUUCCUCCUCUGUCCUUAUGUAGACAGCAGAUGUAGCUCUAGAUUAUUUUGGGAUUGUCAUGAAAUCAUCAUCAUUGUUUUUUUUUUGUUCCACGCCACUGACUCAUACCGUUGCGCCAGCUGCUUGCAACAUUCCCACUGCGUAUGUUGAGGAAGUGUUUGAAAAUGUCACAAAUGAAGUGUCACAAAGUUAGUGCGUGGGAUUUUGUUUUUCCAACAUUCAUUCAAUGUUUUAUCGUCAGAAUAUAAUCCAAGGUGUAAACUCAACAGGCCAAUAUUAUACCCAAGGUUAGGUAAAUGUGCAGGUAAAUGCGCCGGAUUAUCUCAAAACCAGGCUACCUUAGAACGUACACUGGUCAUGAUGUUGAUUAGCUCAGAAUAGAACCCCGGGUCUAAACUGGAGAGACAUAAAUAAUACCCAGUUGACACCUACAAUUAAAUGAGAAUAAAACACAUUACAGUGACGUUAAGAUUUUGACUGUCGUCAUAAAUGAUUGAUUGAAGCUGUUCACUUUGGAUCACCCCCAACUCGUGAUGAUUUAGUAUUGACGUUGAUUUUUGUGAUUGUUCUUGUUUUAUUGGACCCUUACUUAAAUUACAUUGUCGUCCCGUUCCGGAUCUGAAGAAGCAAACGUUUCAAGGAGUUUAUGAACGUUGUUGGUUGUUAACGUGACCUCUUGUCAUCUUUUAUCUCUUCUAUUUAUUUGUUUUUCUUUGCUGUCUGUGCAUGUUUGAGAUCUUCCUGUGACAACAGUGAAGCGAGCCAGAUGGACGUUUGAGUUUACACUAAGGAGGUGAUGGACAAGGCCUGAUUAUUUGCAGGCUCCACCUUCCGCCUCUUGCUCCUCAAGGAAGGCAUAAAACAGGAAAAUGGGAGGGAAAAGGUAAUAAUGGAGACGUAAAGGAGGAGGUGCCCAGGGUCGCCGUGUGCUGUACUUCAGUCCUGUGAUUUGCUCUCCACAAUUGCGUGGACUCGAAACGUGUUUGGACGCUCUAUGUGGACUCUCUUUUAAAAAAUCCCAGAAGCAAAGAGGACUUUCUUUUUUAUUAAUAAUUCCCACUUCAUAUUUUUACGACCUUUCCCCACAGUUUUUGACACAGACGAGCACUAGUGUUUGUUUACGCGCACAGGUAAAGGCGAGACAACCCCGGAAGAACCCGUAGUUCAGGUUGCGUUUUUGUUGUUAUGUCGCAAAGCCGAGCAGAAUGGACGCGUUUACAGGUACCGUUUGAGCUUGUUUAAUAAUUCCAAAGUUGAAACGACGGCGAAGCAACAUGAAGAGUGUGAAGAAGAAGCUCUACGUGCUCAUGGAUGUGCUGUGCGUGCUCGUCGCGGCACUGCCCUUCAUCGUCAUGACCAUCAUCUACACACCUUACCAGAGGGGCGUGUACUGCGACGACGAAAGCAUCAAGUACCCGGUCAAAACGGACACCAUCAGCCACGGCAUGCUGGCCGCCGUCACCAUCUCCUGCACCGUCGUCAUCAUCUCAUCGGGUGAAGCGUAUCUGGUGUACAGCAAAAAGAUUUACUCCAAUUCCGACUUCAACCAGUACGUGGCCGCCCUCUACAAGGUGGUGGGCACCUUCCUGUUCGGAGGCGCCGUCAGCCAGUCGCUGACCGACCUAGCCAAGUAUACCAUCGGUCGGCCCAGGCCUAACUUCAUGGCCGUGUGCGCGCCUAAAGCGUGCACGGGCUACAUGCAGGUCAUCAACUGCACGGGCCAUCCUCAGGACGUCACCGAGUCCAGGUUGUCCUUCUACUCUGGCCACUCGUCCUUCGGCAUGUACUGCAUGCUAUUCCUCGCGCUGUACGUGCAGGCCCGGCUGGUCGCCAAGUGGGCGCGACUCCUGCGGCCCACCGUGCAGUUCUUCCUGGUGGCCUUCGCCAUCUACGUGGGCUACACGCGCGUCUCCGAUUACAAGCACCACUGGAGCGACGUGCUGGUGGGGCUCCUGCAGGGGGCGCUGGUCGCCGUGAUCAACGUGCGGUUCGUGUCGGACUUUUUCAAGAAGCGUCCUCCGCGCCGUACCAAGCCCGAUCACGCCGAAAACGAGGAGCCGGAAAGGAAGCCCAGCCUGCAGUUUGUCGAUUCGGAGCACAACAACCAUUACAACUGCCACCCGGUGUGAGCCACCCGCACGGUACGCCCUCACCACCAGCACCAUUAACGGGCGGGCGAGUCAUUUUCUCGAGUCAACCACUCGCCUGCCAUCUGCUUCUCACGACCACUAGACUGAACCAGGAGAUCUCCUCCUUUUCGUAAAGCCUCCUCGUUCUCCCGGAGGCGUCGUCGAAGGCAAAGACUCGCAAAUAACGUGGGAGCGCUGCAUUCUUAGAUUUGUGAAGGCAAACUUGCCCAUUCGGCCCUAUUGGUAGAUUGGUUUGUGUGUGUGUGUGUCUGUGCAUGUUCGCGUGAGUGCAGUUGACCAUCUUUUUCUACUCACGGGCUGCAAGUGAGAACGGACUGCAAUGUGGAUUUGUAAAGCUUUGUGAUAUACCACUACCGUAUUGCCCAACAAAAAUAUUUGAUAGUCAAAUGUAAGAAUGAGACAUUUAAAAAAAAAAAAACUGUUAAUUUAUUCUAAAUUUUCCUUCUCUAUUUUUAGUGCAAUCACCCUGCUUGCCACUUUGAGCCGCACGUGCUCUAUCUUAAGAUUGCGAAGGAUCUGUUUUAUAAAGGUGUGUUUGUAUGUAAGUGUAUGAAAAAUAUUUUUAUUGUUGUAUAAUUGUGUUGGUCUUAAGCAGGGGUGGGCAUAUUUGUGCUCAAGGGGCCACAUUUGAUAGGAUUAUACUAUAUAGCCUAUAUAAUUAUUAUUAUAUAAUAGUAUUUAUAUCUAUUUAUACUGUAUCUCUAUAGUAUAGAUAGUAUUAUAGUAUAACUGUUAAAUGUGUUUUAUAUUUUUAUAUUUGAUUUUUUUAUUAUUUACAAUAAAUCAACCAACCAGAUAUUUUAAGUACAUUUUAACGCACCUUUUUAAAUGAAAAAUACAGCUACAAUAAUGUAUUAAAUAUUACAGGAUCCUUCCUAAUCAAAAAGCCUUAUGUGGCCCCCGACCCGUAUUUUGCCCACCCCUGUCGUUACGAUGUCAGUUUCCAAAAUGGCCGUCCGACGACAGGUCCGGCGCAGACCCGAGAAGUGGCCACUAAUAUUGUCAAACAAGCACAAACAGCUGCUCCAGAUGAAGUGUCGUGCGAGAGAGACCCCCUUGACCCCGACCCCCCGACCCUGACGUGCAGCUGUAGACAAACGCACAGGUGCGGGUGUCGCCGAUGUUCUCAGCUGAUGAUAUUUUAUCAGCGUGUGCCUUCAACUAGGUGCUAUCACGUGUUUCCCUGUGUAAAUAGAAGCUUUAUGUUGUCUCCUUUUUUUGGAAUAAAUGUAUAAUCUGCAUUCA